AUGGGUUAUGUGUGUGAUUUUUGUGGUGAGCAGAGGUCGAUGGUAUAUUGUCGCUCAGAUGCGGCUUGCUUGUGUCUAUCAUGUGAUAGAAAUGUUCACGCUGCCAAUGCUCUAUCGAAGCGCCAUUCGAGAACCCUCUUGUGUGAAAGGUGCAGUUCACAACCUGCGCUAGUUAGGUGUGCAGAAGAGAAGGUCUCGCUUUGUCAGAACUGCGAUUGGACGGGUCAUGGCACCUCGACAUCAGCUUCCGCACACAAGAGGCAAACUAUCAAUUGUUAUUCUGGUUGCCCUUCAGCUUCCGAGCUUUCUUCGAUAUGGUCUUUCGUUCUGGACUUCCCUUCUGCCAGCGAAUCUACUUAUGAGCAAAACAUGGGAUUAAUGAGCAUAGCUGAAAAUGUUGCCACGGAGACAUGGCCGUCGUCUAAGGAAGAAGCUGAUCGCCAAAAUUUGGAGAGUAUUCUUCAGAUGAGCGAUUCACGUGAGGUUGGUAAAUCAAGUACUUGGGAUGAGUCUCGAUUGAUGUCUGGGUCAACCACCAACCCACACAGACAAGCUCAUCAGCCUGCUGGAUCGGGUAGUUCAACAUUGCCAAAGUUAGGUUAUCCUGGAAGUAAAAGUGCUACAUUCUCUGGAGAUGAUGGUCUUUAUGAUGACUUCAAUAUGGAUGAGAUGGAUUUGAAUCUUGAAAACUAUGAUGAGCUCUUUGGUGUCGGUCUCAACAAUCCAGAGGAAGCUUUUGAGGGUGCUGGAAUUGCUAGUUUGUUCGGAACAAAGGACAUGUCUGGCGCUGAAUCCAACUGCCAGGGUUCUGCUGCAGCUGAGGUGUCAUCAGUUGGACGUGUGAAUGCAAUGCAGCAGCCCACAUGCAGCAAUGCAGCAUCUGCGGAUUCCAUUGUUAGCACUAAAACUGAACCAGUUAUCUGUGUUACGGCAAGGCAAGGUCAUUCGACUCUUUCGUUUUCGGGCAUUACUGGGGAUAGUAGCGCUGCAGCAGAUUAUCAAGAUUGUGGAGCUUCUCCAAUGCUGCUUAUGGGAGAGCCUCCUUGGGGUCCCCCUGGUGCCGAGGGCUCCCCAUCGGCAAACCGGACUAAUGCUGUGAUGCGGUACAAGGAAAAAAAGAAGACACGCCAGUUUGAAAAGAGAGUGCGGUAUGCUUCGCGCAAAGCAAGAGCCGAUGUACGGAAGCGUGUGAAGGGCCGGUUCGUGAAAGCCGGUGAACAUUACGAUUACGAUCCCUUGACGGAAACCAGAAGCUACUGA